UCGUAUUGCGACGACGAACGGAGUGUUCGGUUUGAUUAAGUUACUGUGGUGGCAGAAAAAUUCUCCGGAAAUGGAAGCGGAAGCGGAAGGAAUCGUAGAGCAUCGAAGCUCGUUUGCGGCUCCGUCCAUAUUUUUGGUUGUUAUUACCUUUCAGUUUCUCGCUAGAUGGCUCGAACGCACGAAGAGGAGCGGUUCCAACAACGAUGUGGAAAUGGAGUUGCGCAAAUCUAUAAAGCAACUUCUGAAGGAGGCAAGCGCCUUAUCUCAACCAUCUACAUUUGCACAAGCUGCAAAACUUCGGAGGUUGGCAGCCGCUAAGGAGAAGGAACUGGCAAAUUAUCAAGAAUCACGUAGUAAGGAGAUGAAGACGUCAUAUGGUUUAUAUAGUCAAGUACUACUGACGUCAAAGGUUGUGAUCUAUAUUGCUCUGGUUCUCUGGUUUUGGAGAGCUUCUGUUGCUACUGUACCUCAUCACCUUGUUCAGCCGUUUGGAAAACUUUUGUCUUGGAGGGCUGGAGGUACCGUAAAUGAUUAUGUGAAGGUUGGAGUUAUACCUUGGUUGAUACUGUCCACAAGGGUUAGCAAAUAUGUAUGUCAAGUCGUCCCGUGAAGAAUCAUUGAAGGUAAAUGUGAUGUAGAUGAUACAUCGCAUGAUGCUGUGUAAAAUAUUUGGCAACCAAUAUUUUCCUGAACUUCGGUGAGGGGAGGCUGGAGAAGUUUUUACAGCCCCACCACUUUUUCCUCUUAUAUUCAAAUAUGGGGUUCAGCAUUGCUAUUGUUUUUUUUUUUUUUUCCUUCUUUUUUCUUCUUCUUUUGCCUGCAAAUGUUUUCCCUUUCCCUUUCCUUUUUUUCCCCCUUGUUGGUGAACUCUUGCUCUUAGGCAUAAUUUAUUUUUUGUUAUUUAUAUAUAGAAUUAAUAUAUCCUUUAUAUAGCUUGAUUGCUUGUUCAUAA